UCGAGCCUAGCGAGCGAACGGCGGCGGAGGCGCGGAGCCAUUUUGUCGUCAUUUUAAACUUUACAUGGAAUUAUGUUACCGCGCCUUGUGGAUACCCGGGAUACCGUGGCUUUUUCGCCGACCAAACCAGCGAAAUGAAGCAGAAAAGAAAGGCGCCGUGUUGGGAGAGGGAGAGUUGAUGGACUUUGUGUGAGGUGCUUUUUGAAGUUCCGCGGAACUAAGGAAUCCUGAGCCAUGGAAGUAUUCCUAUGGUGGAUUUGGAUAAGCCUGAUAUGUAGAUUGCACUUAAUGGGUUGUUUGGACCUACACAUGUCAGAGACUUCACUACCAAGGAAUAUACUUGCAAACGUGUCACUUGGCCCAGGCUGGACAUACAAAAUUGACAGGACACUAUCUUCUAAAUACCUAAGGGAAUUUGUACAUGUUGACUGGCAACACGGAGUGGUAAGUGUUUCCAAUGGGGUGGACUGUGCGCGCUUACCUAAUAACCCGGCGCCUCUGUAUGUCAAGAUAAGAUCUUUGACAUCUACAAACUUUGUCCUGACGCAUUUAAACGUGUUUGUACACGGACAGAAUUGUUUUAUCAAAUACAAAAGAAAGUCCUCCAUAGAGUCGCCCGAUAUUUCUGUCGCUCGCCUACUGAACUUAGGGAAAACUUCCUGCUUAUCUCCAGGUAAUUUACUUCUCAGUGUGAAUCACUUUUUACCCAAAUUCGUUAGUAAGGAUGAUAUAUCUAAUUAUUCUUGCACAAACGUAGAUGGUGGUGUGGUAGAAGCGAGUAACGGGAGCGUAUUUCUGAAGCAUGAGCACUGUUUCAAACCGUGGGAGCGGAGCGAAAUGGCUUUUUGGUGUACAGUGGUGCACGGUUCAGUGGGUGACCGUGUUUCCAUGCGCGUCAGAUUGAAAUUCGGGCCAAAUUAUCACCUCGUGUCGUCGGAGCAAAACAAACCCAUCAGAGCACAUAGCAGAAUAAAGAGGGGCGCAAAUCAACCCCCUACAUUUCAGCUGCCCACUUAUCAUGUGUCUGUCCCGGAGAACGAGCCAGCGGGGACUCACGUUAUCAAUGUGAAAGCUACUGAUACAGAUAGUGGGGAAGCGGGCAGGAUUAAGUAUGCCAUGGAGGCACUGCUAGAUAAGCGAUCCGAUAAUUUCUUUGCCAUAGACGAGCAGACCGGUCACAUUGUUACCACGCAGGCCCUGGACAGGGAAGUCAAAGACACACACGUCUUCAAAGUGACUGCCACUGACAACGGCAGCCCUGCUCGUGCGGCCACUUGUUACCUCACCGUCACAGUAAGAGACACCAAUGACCACGAGCCCGUGUUCGAGCAGUCAGAAUAUAGGGUUUCCAUCCGCGAGAACGUAGAAGUAGGCUUCGAAGUCAUCACCGUGAGGGCCAAUGACGGCGACACGCAGGCCAACGCGAAUAUGAUAUACAGACUAGUGAACGGGGACGGGGUCAACUCGGGCUUUGAGAUUGACCCCCGUAACGGGCUGGUGAGAAUCAGGCUCCGUCCCGACAGGGAGGUCAUGUCCCAGUAUAAACUGAUAGUCGAGGCGAACGACCAGGGCAGGGACCCGGGCCCGCGCAACGCCACCGCCACGGUGUACAUAACGGUAGAGGACGAGAAUGACAACUACCCGCAGUUCAGCGAGAAGAGGUAUGUGGUGCAGGUGCCAGAGAACGUGGCUGUCAACACCCAGAUAGCGCAGGUGGAGGCCACUGACAAAGACGAAGGGAACAACGCCAAAGUGCUCUACAGCAUCAUUAGCGGCAACGUGAAGGGCCAGUUCUACAUCCACUCUUCCACGGGCCAUAUAGACGUCAUCAACCCCCUGGAUUACGAGAUGAUCAGGGAGUACAACCUGCGCAUCAAGGCCCAGGACGGCGGCAGGCCUCCGCUCAUCAACGGCACCGGCAUGGUGGUGGUGCAGGUGGUGGAUAUCAAUGACAACGCGCCCAUGUUCGUCAGCACACCCUUCCAGGCCACCGUGCUGGAGAACGUGGCCAUCGGCCACUCAGUUAUCCACAUCCAGGCCAUAGACGCUGACUCAGGUGACAACGCGCGCCUGGACUACAGUCUGAGCGACACCUCGCCCGGCUUCCCCUUCGCCAUCAACAACAGCACGGGCUGGGUGACGGUGUCCAUCCCGCUGGACCGCGAGACCACCGAGUUCUACACGUUUGGCGUGCAGGCGCGCGACAACGGCGUGCCUGUCCUGUCCUCCUCUGCCAGCAUCAGCAUCACCGUGCUGGACGUCAACGACAACGUCCCCGAGUUCACCCAGAAGUCCUACGCGCUCAAGAUCAACGAGGAUGCGGUGGUGGGCACCAGCGUGCUGACGGUCACCGCCGUGGACCGGGACGUCAACAGCAUUGUCACCUACCAGAUCGCCAGCGGAAACACACGUAACCGCUUCGCCAUCACCAGCCAGAGCGGCGGGGGUCUCCUGACGCUAGCGCUGCCCCUGGACUACAAGCAGGAGCGGCAGUACGCCCUGACGCUCACCGCCUCCGAUGGCACGCGCUUCGACACCGCACAGGUUCUCAUCAACGUGACGGACGCCAACACGCAUCGGCCCGUCUUCCAGAGCGCCAACUACCAGGUGUUUGUGAGCGAGGACGAGCCCGUGGGCAGCACGGUGGUGGUGAUCGUGGCCUCGGACGAGGACCAGGGCGAGAACGCGCGCAUCACCUACACCAUGGAGGACAACGUGCCACAGUUCGCCAUCGACCCGGACACGGGCGCCAUCACCACGCGCACCGAGCUGGACUACGAGGACCUGGCGUCCUACACGCUGGCCAUCGUCGCCCGCGACAACGGCAUACCACAGAAGUCCGACACGACGUACGUGGAGAUCAUCGUGCAGGACGCUAAUGAUAACGAGCCACGGUUUAGCCGUGAUAAGUACCAGGGGAGCGUUUUCGAGGACGCGCCCACAUUCACGAGCGUGCUGCAGAUCUCCGCCACGGACCGAGACGCCGGGUCCAACGGCCGCCUCAUCUACACCUUCCAGGGCGGGGAUGACGGCGACGGAGACUUCCAGAUCGAGACGUACUCCGGAAUCAUCCGCACGGCGCGCAAGCUGGACCGCGAGAACGUGGCCAUGUAUAACCUAAAGGCCUUCGCCGUGGAUAAAGGCAAGCCGCCGCUCAAGGCGUCCGUGGACGUGCAGGUGUCCGUCUUGGACAUCAACGACAACGCGCCCAAGUUCGAGAAGGACCGCCUGGACAUCUACAUCAAGGAGGACAGCCCCGUGGACUCGGUGGUGGAGCGCAUCGUAGCCGAGGACCCCGACGAGGGCACCAACGCCCAGAUCAUCUACCAGAUCGUGGAAGGCAACGUGCCGGAGAUAUUCGACCUGGACAUCUUCUCGGGAGACCUGAAGCUGCUGACCGAGCUGGACUACGAGACGCGGACGGAGUACGUGAUCGUGGUCCAGGCCACCUCGGCGCCGCUGGUCAGCCGCGCCACCGUGCACGUGCACGUGCAAGACGUAAACGACAAUGCGCCGGUGCUCAAGGACUUUGAGAUCCUCUUCAACAACUACGUGACCAACAAGUCCAAUAGCUUCCCGGCCGGAGCCAUCGGCAGGGUGCCGGCACAUGACCCGGACGUGUCGGACCGGCUGCACUACAGCUUCAUGGAGGGCAACGAGCUGAGCCUGCUGCUGCUCAACCCCAACACGGGGGAGCUGAAGCUCAGCAAGGACCUGGACAACAACCGAGCCCUGGAGGCCACCAUGAAGAUGACUGUGUCUGAUGGUCUCCACCGCGUGACGGCCCUCUGCACCUUGCGCGUGACAAUCAUCACGGACGACAUGCUGACCAACAGUAUCACCGUGCGACUGGAGAACAUGUCCCAGGAGCGCUUCCUGUCCCCGCUGCUGUCCCUCUUCAUGGACGGGGUGGCCGCUGUGCUGUCCACCAGCCGAGAUGCCGUUUUCGUUUUCAACGUGCAGAACGACACGGAUGUGCACGGCACCAUCCUCAAUGUUACCUUCUCCGCACUUCUGCCCUCCGCCACGGGGAGUGUGACGCUCACGGGUGGGGCAGUUGGAGUCACUAGUGCAUCGGUAGCUGGAGGAGGAGGUUCAAGUGGUGGUGGAGGCGGCAGUGGAGGUUUUGGUCGAUUCUUCCCAUCGGAGGAUCUCCAGGAGAGGAUCUACCUGAACCGCACCAUGCUCCAGCGCAUCACCAGCCAACAGGUGCUUCCGUUUGACGACAACAUCUGCCUGCGCGAGCCGUGCGAGAACUACAUGAAGUGCAUCUCGGUGCUGCGUUUCGACUCCUCGCCGCCCUUCAUCGCCUCGGACACCAUGCUGUUCCGGCCCAUACACCCCAUCAACGGGCUGCGCUGCCGCUGCCCCGCCGGCUUCACGGGGGACUACUGCGAGACCGAGGUGGACCUGUGCUACUCGGGGCCGUGCCGCAACAACGGCCGCUGCCGCAGCCGAGAGGGCGGCUACACCUGCGAGUGCCAGGAGGACUUCACGGGUGAGCACUGUGAGGUGAACGCUCGGUCGGGCCGUUGCAUGCCAGGCGUGUGCAAGAACGGAGGCACCUGUGUGGACCUGCUGGUGGGGGGCUUCAUGUGCCAGUGCCCGGCGGGCGAGUUCGAGAAGCCAUACUGCGAGAUGACCACGCGCAGCUUCCCCGGCCAGUCCUUCAUCACCUUCAGGGGACUGAGGCAGAGGUUUCACUUCACUGUCUCAUUCAUGUUUGCCACGCGCGACCGGAACGCUCUGCUUCUUUACAAUGGCCGAUUCAACGAGAAACAUGACUUUGUGGCCUUGGAGAUUAUCGACGAACAAGUCCAGCUCACAUUCUCUGCAGGAGAGACCAAGACCAUCGUGACCCCCUUUGUCCCGGGCGGCGUGAGCGACGGCCAAUGGCAUUCCGUCCAGCUGCACUACUACAACAAGCCCAACAUCGGUCGUCUGGGUGUCCCUCAUGGUCCCUCGGGAGAGAAGGUGGCGGUGGUUGCUGUGGACGACUGUGAUAUCGCCAUGGCAGUGCGCUUCGGAACCCAGCUGGGGAACUACAACUGCGCAGCACAGGGCACACAGACCGGACAGAAGAAGUCACUGGAUCUGACCGGGCCCCUGCUGUUGGGUGGCGUUCCGAACCUUCCGGAAGAUUUCCCCGUCCGGAACCGUGAUUUCAUUGGCUGCAUGAGGAACCUAACCAUCGACAGCAGGCCGCUGGACAUGGCCAGCUACAUCGCCAACAAUGGCACAGAAGCAGGCUGCAGGGCGAAAAGCAACUUCUGCUCCAAGAGUGUGUGCAUGAAUGGGGGCCAGUGCGAGAGCAAGUGGGGCACCUACUCCUGCGAGUGCCCCAUGGGCUACGGCGGCAAGAGCUGUGACCAAGUGAUGCUGGCUCCUCAGUACUUUGACGGCCGUGCCAUGGUCAUGUGGUCCGACCCGGAGGUGACGGUGGCCGUGCCCUGGUACAUGGGCCUGAUGUUCCGCACCCGCCACGCCACCGGCACCCUCAUGCAGGCCAACGCAGGCCAGGCCUCCAGGAUCAACCUGCUGUUAAGUGAUAAGCAUGUGCAGUUCGAGGUGUUUCUGGGGCGCUCCCUGGUGGCGGCGGUGGCCUUCCCGGAGGUGCGCAUGGCGGACGGCCAGUGGCAUCACGUCCUGGUGGAGAUGCGCAGUGUCAAGGACGGCAAGGACAUCAAGUACAUGGCUAACGUCUCCCUGGACUACGACAUGCAUAACAAAGAGGUGGAGAUUGGUAAUGAGCUGCCCGGCUUGCGACUGAAGAGCCUCUACCUCGGGGGACUGCCAGACAAGCACAACGACGUGCUCAAAGGAUUCCAGGGAUGCAUGCAGGGCGUGCGUAUGGGCGAGACCUCCACCAACACGGCGAACAUCAACAUGGCACAGGGCCAGAAGAUACGGGUGGAGGACGGCUGUGUCCUGCCAGAGCCCUGUGACUCCGCCCCCUGCCCCGACAACAGCCAAUGCAGCGACGAGUGGAGCGAGGACUGGAACAAUCACGCAUGCGUCUGUGACCCUGGCUACUUUGGUCGUGAGUGUGUGGACGCCUGUCAGUUGAACCCAUGCGAGCACGUGUCCACCUGCCAGCGCAAACCCAGCUCUUCUCACGGCUACACCUGCGAAUGUGGACACAACUACUACGGACAGUACUGCGAGAACAAGGUGGAGAAGCCGUGUCCUCGUGGCUGGUGGGGGACCCCAAUGUGUGGGCCCUGCAACUGUGAUGUCAGCAAGGGCUUCAACCCCGACUGCAACAAGACCUCCGGGGAGUGCCGCUGCAAGGACAACUACUACCAGCCCAGGGAGAGCGACACCUGUUACCCGUGUGACUGCUUCGCGCUGGGCUCUGAGUCGCGCACCUGUGACCCCCAGUCGGGACAGUGUCCCUGCAAGGCCGGGGUCAUAGGUCGCCAGUGCAAUCGCUGUGACAACCCCUUUGCAGAGGUCACCUCCAGUGGCUGUGAAGUGGUGUACGAGGGCUGUCCCAAGGCCUUCGAUGCCGGCAUCUGGUGGCCCAAGACCAAGUUUGGCCUGCCAGCUGCAACGCGCUGCCCUAAGGGCUCCGAAGGCACGGCCAUCAGACACUGCGGCGAGGAGAAAGGCUGGCUGCCGCCGGACCUCUUCAACUGCACCUCUCUGGCCUUCGUGCCACUCAAGAAACUGAAUGACCAGCUGCAGCAGAACCGCUCUCGUCUGGACGGCGAGCGUUGUAAGGAGCUGGCGCGCUCCCUCCAGAAUGCCACCAACAGCACGGCCGGAGUGUUCUACGGCAACGACGUGCGGGUGGCAUCCCAGCUGCUACGCCACCUGCUGGAGUACGAGAGCCAACGCACAGGCUUUCAGCUCUCUGCCACCCAGGAUGCCGACUUUAACCAGAACAUAGUGGAAGCGGGUAGUACCAUCCUCCACCCGGACACCAGGCUGCACUGGGAGCACAUCCAGCGGACGGAGGGGGGCACAGCACAUCUACUGCGCAGCUUUGAGGACUACACCCAGACACUGGUGAAGAACAUGAGGAAGACCUACCUCAAGCCCUUCACCAUCGUCACAGAGAACAUGAUCAUCGCAGUGGACUACCUGAACCCGUCUGAAGCGGAGAGCUCCCAGAUCCCUCGCUUCCAAGACAUACAGGACGUGUGUCCCAAAGACCUGCAGUCCUCCGUGCUCUUCCCAGAGUUCUCCUUCACGCCGCUGCUUAUCAAACCACCCCCCACAGAGGAGCCCACCGUCUCCUCAGAGGAGGCGCAGGCUGACGAAUACCCCACGGAUGGAUUGAGGGAGGAGGAGGAGGAUGAGGAGGGGAGGAGGAAGAGGAGGAGGAAAAGGAGCAGUGCGGAGGAGAGCUUUGGUCCGUUGCCCGUGGCAGCCGUCAUCGUGUACCGCUCCCUGGGCCAGCUGCUGCCGGAACGCUACGACCCAGACCGACGCAGCCUGAGACUUCCCAAGCGCCCGGUGAUCAACACGCCCAUCGUGAGCACGACGGUGCACAGUGACGGCGAGAGCCUGUCCCUGCCCCUGGAGAGGCCAAUCCUGCUGGACUACAACCUCCUGGAGACAGAGCAACGCACCAAGCCGGUCUGCGUCUUCUGGAACCACUCCAUAGCUAUUGGUGGGACUGGAGGCUGGUCGUCUAAGGGCUGUGAGCUGGUGGAGAGGAACAGGACCCACAUCAGCUGCCAGUGCAAUCACAUGACCAGCUUCGCCGUACUCAUGGACAUCUCCAGCAGAGAGCAUGGCGAGGUCCUGCCCCUGCGCAUCGUGACCUACGCGUGUGUGGCGGCCUCCCUCCUGGCCCUGCUGUUGACCUUCCUGCUCCUGGCCGUCCUCAGGCGCCUGCGCUCCAACCUGCACGCCAUCCACAAGAACCUGGUGGCAGCGCUCUUCCUCUCGCAGCUGGUCUUCAUAUGCGGCAUCAACCAGACCGACAACCCGUUUGUGUGUACGGUGAUAGCCAUCCUGCUGCACUACUUCUACAUGUGCACGUUCGCCUGGAUGUUUGUGGAGGGCCUGCACAUCUACCGCAUGCUGACCGAGCAGCGCAACAUCAACCACGGACACAUGAGGUUCUACUACGCCAUUGGCUGGGGCAUACCGGCUAUCAUUACAGGUCUGGCGGUGGGUCUGGAUCCUCAGGGCUAUGGCAAUCCAGACUUCUGCUGGCUCUCCGUCCAGGACACCCUCAUAUGGAGCUUUGCAGGACCCAUCACUGUGGUCGUAGUGGUGAAUAUCGUCAUCUUUCUGCUGGCAGCCAAGGCCUCAUGCGGACGCAGACAACGCUCCUUUGAGAAAUCCGGAGCCAUCGUUGCUCUGCGUAUGGCCUUCCUGGUGCUGCUCCUCAUCAGUGCCUCCUGGCUGCUGGGUCUCAUGGCCGUCAACAGUGGAGUCAUCACAUUCCACUACCUGUUUGCUGUCUUCUGCUGCCUACAGGGCAUCUUCAUCUUCUUCUUCCACGUGAUCUUCAAUAAGGAGGUGAGGAAGCACCUGAAGAACCUCUUCACGGGCAAGAAGCCCUUACCAGAGGAGUCCAGCACCACACGAGCAUCACUACUCACUCGUUCCCUGAACUGUAACACCUACAAUGAGGACGGCACAAUCUACCGCUCAGCCAUUGGGGAAUCCACCGUAUCCAUGGAAACCACUGGCAGGUCAGCUAAGAGCAGCUACCUAGCAUACACACUCAGGGAUGACUCUGGUCAGAAACCCAGCGUGUCCUCCAGCGGGGCCAGAGUGGGCAUCACCGACAUCGACGGCUCCAUAUACCACCACCGAAACGGCACCAAGGCUGACGACUCUGACUCGGACAGUGAGCUGUCAGUAGACGAGCACAGCAGCUCCUACGCCUCGUCCCACUCCUCCGACAGCGAGGACGAUGACCAUGUCAAGCCCAAGUGGAACAACGAGAGGCAGCCACUGCAUAGCACUCCCAAAGGCAAACAAGUGGACACGUUGGCCAAUCACGUGAGGCCUUACUGGCCCCCCGAGGGCACCACAGCCAGUGACAGCGAGGAUAUUUGCGGCGGGGCAGGCAAUCACCUGCGAGUGGAGACCAAGGUGAACGUGGAGCUUCACCCAGAGAACAAGCUGAACCACACCUCCGAGCUGCAGCCCCAGGAGAAGGAGAAGGAGAGAGACGCGGAGAGGGAGAGGGAGAGGGAGAGGGAGAGGGAGGGCUCCGGCCAGGAGACAGGAGGAGAUGGAGGAGGUGCCCCCAGCCCUGUCUCUCCUGCCUCAACACCGACCCCCACUCCCACCUCCACCUCCACAUCCGUCCCCAACACAGCCAACACUUCCACCACCUCCCACUCCAAUCCCAAUGUCAACAACCAGCCCGAGCCAAAGAAAGGCAUCCUGAAGAACAAGAUCUCCUACCCGCCGCCGCUCUCCGACAAGAACAUGAAGAACCGUCUGCGGGAGAAGCUCUCGGACUACAACCCCCCCACCAUCUCCUCCUCCUCCCCGGUCUCCUCCACUCCCGUGCGCUCCCCUCCGUCCUCCGUGGCCUCGGCCCCCGGGGGCCAGCAACAAUCCCACAACCACAACGUGCUGCUGGCCAAGGGCCCCAACGCCACAGCCCAGAGGCCCGUGCCCCCUCCCCGGGAGACCCCGCCACUGCAGCUGCAGAUCCAGCAGAACGGCAGCGUGUCCAUCAACCUCCGCACCACCGUCAACGGAGGCAACCAGUCCGACUCCGAGAAGCUGAAGGAAGCCCCCACCCCCACCCCCCCACCUGUUGCGCUGACCGAGCUCUGUGAGGGCUAGAGAGGUCGCUACUGUAGGGCGGGGGAGAGGAGAGGAGAGGAGAGGGGGAUACAGAGGGCCGCAGGAUGAGUGGAGGAAGGACAAAAAGAGGAAGGAGUGGUCACUUUACCGAACCCCCUCCACCCAACCGCCCCCUCGGCAUCGUUCCUCCAGGAUGUUUCCAUGGAGAUCAGUAUUAGCUGCCAUUGCCUGUCUGGACACCAGUCAGUCGAACCCGUCCCAAUUGUGGAAACUAUGAAGACUCUUGAAGAGAAUUCUCACAAGAAUCUAAAAGGGAAUGUUCUAGACUCCUCGUGAGGAGAUGGGGAACGCCCCCCACCCCCACCCCCCACCCCCACCAAGGGGGUUAAACAGGAAGUGGAGUCCUAUGCCAAAACCAAUGGAUGGAUUGGACUGGAUUGGAGUAGGGUGGAGAGACUACAGAUCCCACAAGGCCAUUCUGUUCUGUUCUGUUUGCACACAGGAAGCAACCUCCGUGACUCCAGCCUGAGACGCACGGCUUUGUGUGUGUGUGUGUGUGUGUGUGUGUGUGUGUGUGUGUGUGUGUGUGUGUGUGUGUGUGUGUGUGUGUGUGUGUGUGUGUGUGUGUGUGUGUGUGUGUGUGUGUGUGUGUGUGUGUGUGUGUGUGUGUUGUGAACAAACUCGUGACUGGGAGGAGAGGUAUAAAACGACAUGAUGUUCACACACACACACACGCACACGCACACGGACGCACAUGAAAAAAAGGCCUUAAUUGUCAAAACAAAGGAGACAUUGAAUGUCCUGAAUUGAAUUGACCUGAGACUCUUUAAGUGACCUGUGUGAGAGAGGGAUCUUUACUGGUGCUCUCUCUCUCUCUCUCUCUCUCUCUCUCUCUCUCUCUCUCUCUCUCUCUCUCUCUCUCUCUCUCUCUCUCUGCCUGUAGUUAUCCUGUAGAUAAGACAAAAAGAAGAAGUAUAUUUUGGACAUGGACUAUUUGGUGGGUGAAUAAGUGCAGAGGCGAAUUUGUUAUUUUGUUUCUGUAAAUGAUUGUCGAUUUUUAUUAUACAUUGCUGGUGGGAUGUCUUGUGGAUGUCAAACUAGUACCUACCGUCCUUUCCUGUUGUUUGUGGCCUUGUGACGAUCAAAGUUGGAUUCAAUAAUUUCCCCCGGGAUUAAUACAAAAUACUCUACUCUACUCUAAUAUCUUGCAAAAGCACAAUUCAAAGGUCAUGUUAUCUCAUUUGGAUGGGGAAAAAAGCUACCCAAACGUUGCUUCACCUACUUCGACUGCAGGGAAUCUUUGUUGUUUUCGUCCAUGGAGGUGAGACAAGAGGCCAUAAGCUGAAGGAAAAGCAGGGAGGAACUAAUUUGUCAUCCACCCCACGUGUCUGUCUCAUGUGUUUGAGGUCGAUAUUGGGAGUGGGGGUGGGGAGGGGUGAUUUGGGACUGAUGAUCCUGGCUGAUGGCUUCCUUGAUAUCCGUGCCUAUAGACCUGCAUGCCUUAACUGGGAGACUAAGAACAUGUAAGGGCUCAAACCUAAAUGCACACACACACACACACACACACACACAGGUGUACACACGCGUACACACGCAAACACGCACGCACACAGGCAGACACAGGCAUACAUACUACACAAGCACAGAAACAAAUGCGCUUCAUACAACUCAGGUUCAGUCUACACACUGUCCCACCAUUUUAACCACUGAAAAAAUAUUAAGCAUUUCAUUCUCUGCAUUGCAAUACUAUCUUUUAUACACACACUCAAACAGGCACAUUUUCAUGCAUUCGUAUAUACAGUACAUACAUUUACAUUUGCGUAAACAAUCACGCAAACACACACUCACAUACACACACACAAACACACACCAAAAUGCCGAAGUCCUUGCUUGCUCUCCGUCCAUCUCAACUCUGUGAUGUCAUGCCCAAAAGCCUUGUUAGCAUAGUGUGCACACGAUCUCUUAUGAUGUCAUAUCGAUCUCUGAUGAUGUCAUAUCGAUCAAUCAGACACUGGAAUGCUCAUGUACAAAUGUAUAUUUAUUUUGUAUGGAUUUCAAACACUGGAAAAAAAAAUAUUGUGACUGUAAAA